AUGGUCAUGAAGACCAUAGUUGUCAUGAAGACCAUAGUCGUCAUGAAGACCAUAGUUGUCAUGAAGACCAUAGUUGUCAUGAAGACCAUAGUUGUCAUGAAGACCAUAGUUGUCAUGAAGACCAUAGUUGUCAUGAAGACCAUAGUUGUCAUGAAGACCAUAGUUGUCAUGAAGACCAUAGUUGUCAUGAAGACCAUAGUUGUCAUGAAGACCAUAGUUGUCAUGAAGACCAUAGUUGUCAUGAAGACCAUAGUUGUCAUGAAGAACAUAGUUGUCAUGAAGACCAUAGUUGGUAUUGGCGGUCUCGAGGAGUGUGUGUUGAAGUCUGCGACCCUCUCCACCUCCCCUGCCCUCCCACCUUUCAUCCCCCUCAACUUCGAAGCUACGCCCAUCGUACGAGUGGCCAUCGAACCCAAACACCCAAGUGAGAUGCCUAAGCUGGUACGGGGUAUGAGGCUGUUGAACCAGGCUGACCCGUGUGCUGAGGUUCUGAUCCAGGAGACAGGAGAACACGUACUGGUCACGGCCGGAGAGGUCCACCUGCAACGCUGUCUGGACGACCUCCGAGAGAGGUUUGCCAAGAUUGAGAUCAGUGCCUCCAAGCCUAUCAUCCCAUUCAGAGAGACCGUGAUCAGACCACCCAAAGUGGACAUGGUCAAUGAAGACCUGGGGAAACAACAGAAGGUGGCUGUGCUCCACCAGGUGAAAGAGUCAGACACCCUGCACCUGGACCCCAGCGGCCUGGUGACCCUCACCACCCCCAACAGACAGGCCACCGUGGGGGUACGGGCCAUACCACUACCCGAAGAGGUGACUCUUCUGCUGGAGGGUAGUGCUGACUUGAUCCGGACCCUGGAGCAGGCAGGUCAGGCCCAGAGGGAGGGGAGGACCCUGGACAUGAGUACCUGGACCCUGGAUGCCCUGAUGGAGCUGAAGAGCAGGCUGGAGGUCCUGCUGCAGGGGAGGAAGUGGAGGAAUGCCGUGGACCGGAUAUGGGCCUUUGGACCACGCAGGUAUGGACCAAACAUCCUCCUUAACAGCGUAGAGGGGUACCAGAGAACAUCCGUGUGGCACUGCCUCCAACGAGAGAAAGGAGAGAAAGAGGGAGGGGAGAAAGCUGAGGCCAGCGCCAUCCGAGACUUUGACAACAGCGUUGUCAGCGGUUUCCAGCUCGCCACCCUCUCUGGUCCAAUGUGCGAGGAGCCCCUCAUGGGCGUCUGCUUCUCUGUGGAGAGAUGGGACAUGAACUUCCCCACCCAGCGCACCCACCUGGCCUCUGUGACUGAAGAAGACUCCAACUCCCUUGAUGCAUCUGUUUCCAAAAGCCCCGGUGAGGCUGCAGGACAGCAGGAGGCCUCAGGCAAGGCAGGGGGAGCGGGUGAGACGCCUUCCCAGGCAGAGGGUGCCGUUGCUGAGGCGAGCCAUGGGAGACGCAGGGCGGAGGUUGGGGCCGGGCUAGUGGACUGCUACGGGCCGUUCUCUGGCCAGCUCAUAGCUGCUGUGAAGGAGGCUUGUCGGCACGCGUUCCAGGCCAAACCUCAGAGACUCAUGGCUGCUAUGUACACCUGUGAAAUCAUGGCUACAGCAGAGGUGUUAGGUCGUGUGUACGGGGUCCUGGGGAAGAGGGAGGGCCGAGUGUUACAGGAGGAGAUGAAGGAGGGGACAGAGAUGUUCAUCAUCAAGGCCGUCCUUCCUGUGGCCGAGAGCUUCGGAUUCGCUGACGAGAUACGCAAGAGAACCAGUGGAUUGGCUAGUCCACAACUGGUCUUCAGCCACUGGGAGGUGAUCUCCAGUGAUCCGUCCUGGGUUCCUACCACAGAAGAGGAGUACCUCCACUUUGGAGAGAAGGCUGAUUCCGCCAAUCAGGCUCUGAAAUACAUGAACGGUGUUCGCCGGCGUAAAGGACUGUACGUGGAGGAGAAGAUAGUGGAGCACGGCGAGAAACAGAGAACACUGAGCAAGAACAAAUAGGCCUGUGUGUGUUUCCUGAUUGACUCCUACCAACACACACCCGAGACAGACAUCAUAAAGAGCAUCCAGUGGAUACUGUCCCCCAUCGCUACACCAUCAUCACCCCUCUAACUGUCACUCAAAAUGAGCCACUGAUGCUUUUAUAUUACAGAGCAGUAUUGCUGAAAACCUCCUUAGAAAAUGUUUUUUAGUCCAGAACUAGACUUAAUCUGUGUCUAGGAAACCGGCCCAAUGGGUUUUAAUAGCUGGACAUUCAGCUGUGUCUUUACCAGGGAGAAUCCCUUUCAGCUAUGCAUAAUUGACGAGUGUUCCCGUUCAAAUCCAGUUUUGCUGUUAAGUGAAGUGGCUUGAAUUAAUUUCUGCUCUCAACCUAAUUGAAUUGCAGUACCCAGCCCCCUGAAGAGCGGCAUUUAAUUUGGAAAAACAGAAAUAUGAUGCAAAGGGGGAUUGUAAAAAAUUUUAUUAUUUGGGGACAGCGCUAGCGAGCUAUAGCCUUGUUGAUAUGCUAUGUUGAGAGCUCUGGGUAAGGUAUCUGUGUACAAGACGAGCUAUAGCCUUGUUGAUAUGCUAUGUUGAGAGCUCUGGGUAAGGUAUCUGUGUACAAGACGAGCUAUAGCCUUGUUGAUAUGCUAUGUUGAGAGCUCUGGGUAAGGUAUCUGUGUACAAGACAUAAAGCAAAAUGUACAGUAUUUACCAGAAAGCAAUAAAUAAAGAAAACUGUGUGUUUUUUGUUUCAUUAAUCAGGAGUGA